CACGAGGGGUCGCCGUUGUGCCGAAGCUGACCCUGGAUGUCACGUCCUGUGAAGUGAUGCGGGUCCUGCAGCUGACAGACAGCGUCAUCAUACCCAUCAGCUACCACGUCCCUCGCAAGUCGGGCCAGGACUUCCACGCCGACCUGUUUCCGGACACGGCGGGUUUCGAUGCAGCCCAGUCGGGUGAAGACUGGUGGAAAGGAGGCAACAAACAGGUGGAGAAAGUCAGCCUCCACCCAGACAAGCGGCCAAAACCUAAGGCUCCGGCAGCCAAUCGGGCUCCACUCGCAAAGAAGGAACCGCACACUGCGGGGAGCAAGGAGGAGCCGGCACGUGGCCUGUCCAACUCCAGCAGUCCGCUGAGCACGCCCAGCAGCAGCGCCGCCCCAUCCCGCUCCCCUUCCUCCGGUCUGUCUUCAGGCUCCCUCCCCAGUCCCAGCCCCAGCCAGAGCGCCAAGGCCAUCCACAGCUUGCUGGGGCCCAGCUCGAAGUUUCGUCACAUCCAGGGGACGGUGAUGCACAAGGACAGCCACAUCACGAACCUGAAGGGCCUCAACCUCACGACACCCGGCGAGUGCGACGGCUUCUGCGCCAACCGCCAACGCGUGGCGGUACCCCUGGCCAUCGCCGGAGGCCAGAUUGCGGUCUUUGAGCUGUCUCAGCCCGGCAGGCUCUCGGACACGGCCCUGCCCACCAUCCAGAACUCGGUCAACGUCGCCGACUUCUGUUGGGACCCCUUCGACACACACAGACUGGCUGUGGCUGGCGAUGACGCCAAGAUACGGGUGUGGCAGGUGCCAGAGGGGGGGUUGACUGAGACCCUGACUGAACCGGAGUUCAUCUUGCAGGGCCACACGGAGAAGAUCUACUCCAUCAAGUUCCACCCUCUUGCCAGCGGUCUUCUGGUGUCCUCAUCCUACGACCUGACGGUUAAGCUGUGGGACCUGGAAAAGAGAGAGCAAGUCAGCCUCCUCACUGGACACCAGGAUCAGAUCUUCAGCAUGGCGUGGAGUCCAGACGGCAAGCUGCUGGCCACCGUGUGCAAAGACGCAAAAGUUCGUAUCUACGACCCUCGCAAGUCCGCCGAGCCCAUCCAGGAGGGUCCGGGUCCUGAGGGCCACAGGGGAGCACGUGUGGUGUGGGUGUUUGAUGGAAAGUAUCUCUUGGUGUCAGGCUUUGACAGUCGCAGCGAGAGAGAGCUCUACCUGUUCUCUGCCGAGUCCCUCUCCUCCGGCGCCGUAGCCAGCACCCGGGCCGACGUCUCUCCCUCCACCCUCAUCCCCUACUACGACCCCGACACCGGCGUGGUCUACCUCACCGGAAAGGGGGAAACGCGAGUGUACAUAUUCGAGAUAAUCCCCGAAGCUCCCUUCUUCCUGGACUGCAGCGGUUUUAACUCGCCUGAGCCACAUAAGGGCCUGGUCUUCCUGCCUAAGACCGAGUGCAAUGUGCGCGAGGUGGAAGUGGCCAGGGGGCUGAUGCUCACUAAGACCACCAUCGAACCCGUGUUAUUCAGAGUGCCCCGGGUCAGGAAAGAGUUCUUCCAAGACGACGUGUAUCCGGACACGGCGGUGUGGUGGGAACCUGCUCUGACUGCAUCCGCCUGGCUCGCCGGCUCCAACGGCCAACACGGCAGGAUCAGCCUGAAGCCUACAGACAUGACCCCAGUGAGUGAGGCCCCCAAGGAGGCCCCGGUGAGGAAGUACUUGCCCUCCUCGGUCUACCUGGAGGAGAAGACCGAUGAACAGAAGAAGGAAGAGCUGCUGAGCGCCAUGGUGGCUAAACUGGGGAACAUGGACGACCCUCUGCCACAGGAGUCCUUCCAGGGGGUGGACGAUGAUGAGUGGGCAAAAUACCUUGCCCAAAUCGUUGUGAUGGGAGUACAAGUGGUUGGGCGGGCGUUUGCCCGGGCCCUACGGCAAGAAUUUGCAGCCAGUCAAGCAGCAGCACAGGCCAGGGGUCGGUCCGGUCAGCAGUCGGCUGCGGCCAGCAGCAUCUCUGGGAUGACUUUACAAGAAGCUCAGCAAAUACUCAAUAUCGCCACACUCAACCCUGAAGACAUCCAGAAGAAUUAUGAGCAUCUUUUCAAAGCCAAUGACAAGUCAGUGGGCGGUUCGUUUUAUGUACAGUCAAAGGUGGUACGGGCGAAGGAGCGUCUAGAGGAGGAACUUGAUAUUCAGGCACAAAGUAAGCACCAGUCACAGCAGAAGCAGGAAAAUACGGAAACAUGAAGCAUGGAGUCGACACUCACCCCAUCCGUCCCCUCUCCUCCCCCAUCCUCUGUAAAUUAUAACCCCAAUAAAAGCC